CAUUUUGUGCCUGCCUCGGUCUGCGCGGCGGCGGUUGCGGGCGCUGCGGCUUGGCGGGGAAGAAGGUCGGCCGGUCUUUUUUUUUUUAAUUAUUAUUAUUAUUUUUUUUUUUUCUGCGUAGGUCGCGUGUUCCGUCGUCAUGGGCCGUAAGAAGAAGAAGCAGCUGAAGCCUUGGUGCUGGUAUUGUAACAGGGAUUUUGAUGAUGAAAAAAUCCUUAUACAGCAUCAAAAAGCAAAGCACUUUAAAUGCCAUAUAUGUCAUAAGAAAUUGUAUACAGGACCUGGUUUAGCUAUACAUUGCAUGCAGGUACAUAAAGAAACAAUAGACGCUGUUCCAAAUGCUAUUCCUGGGAGAACAGAUAUUGAACUGGAAAUCUAUGGCAUGGAGGGCAUUCCAGAAAAAGACAUGGAGGAACGGAGGAGGUUACUUGAACAAAAAACUCAGGAGAGCCAGAAGAAGAAGCAACAGGAUGAUUCUGAUGAAUACGAAGAUGAUGAAUCUGCAGCUUCCACUUCAUUUCAGCCCCAACAAGUUCAGCCACAGCAGGGGUACAUUCCCCCAAUGGCACAACCAGGUUUGCCUCCUGUGCCGGGUGCUCCAGGGAUGCCUCCUGGUAUACCACCAUUAAUGGCAGGUGUCCCACCUAUGAUGCCUGGAAUGCCUCCCGUGAUGCCUGGAAUGCCACCUGGAUUACAUCAACAAAGAAAAUACAUGCAGUCAUUUUGUGGUGGAAACAUGAUGAUGCCAAUGGGUGGAAUGAUGCCUCCUGGGCCAGGAAUACCACCUCUUAUGCCUGGUAUGCCACCAGGUAUGCCACCACCUGUUGGUCCUCGUCCUGGGAUGCCUCCUAUGACACAAGCACAGCCUGCUACAGCACCGGGCAUUCUUAACAGACCUCCAGCUCCUGCUGCAUCAGCACCCACCCCGCAGCCUCCAGUUACUAAACCACUCUUCCCAAGUGCAGGGCAGAUGGGGACACCUGUCACAAGCUCAAGUACAGCUUCCUCCAAUUCAGAAAGUCUGUCAGCGUCUUCUAACGCUCUGUUUCCUAGCACAGCACAAGCUGCAGCAGCUGUUCAAGGUCCGGUUGGUACUGAUUUCAAACCUUUGAAUUCUACAGCAGCAACAACAGAGCCCCCUAAACCUACAUUCCCUGCUUACACACAGUCUACAACCUCAACCACUAGCACCACAAACAGUACUGCAGCUAAACCAGCUACAUCUAUAACAAGUAAGCCUGCUACCCUUACCACAACCAGUGCAACCAGUAAGUUGAUCCAUCCAGAUGAGGAUAUAUCACUGGAAGAGAGAAGGGCUCAGUUGCCCAAGUAUCAGCGUAAUCUUCCUCGUCCGGGACAAGCUUCCCUGGGUAAUCCACCUGUUGGACCAAUUGGAGGUAUGAUGCCACCACAGCCUGGAAUUCCUCCGCAGCAACAAGGAAUGAGGCCUCCAAUGCCACCACACGGUCAGUAUGGUGCUCAUCACCAGGGCAUGCCAGGCUACCUUCCUGGAGCAAUGCCUCCUUAUGGUCAGGGACCUCCGAUGGUGCCCCCGUACCAAAGUGGACCUCCUCGACCUCCAAUGGGAAUGAGACCUCCUGUCAUGUCGCAAGGUGGCCGCUACUGAUGCUACUACACACGCUCUAAUAGGUUUGGAGAUUAAACCUUUUCUCAUCUUGUGCUGUUAAUAUAGCCAAGCUUCCGUCAAUUAAAGCUUCAUUGUGACUUAAAAAAAAAAGAAAAAAAAAAAAAAAAAGAAAAAAAAAAAAAAAAAGUAUCUUCCCCACAUGCAAGGCAACUAGGAACUAUUGGACAUUCUUAUUUUACAUGGGAAAAUUUAUUUGGAAUAUUAACAGGAACUUUUCCUGAUGUUGCAAUUUAUACUGUAUGGCUUCUUUUUCAUGUUUCAUCUAGGUUUUUAGAAGUGAAGUAUAGUAAAUAUGGUUCGUUAAAUUGUGAAGGCGCUGGAAUUACAUGAACAUACCACCUUAAAGGCAAGUUCUGUAACAUUAUGUUGCUAUUUGUGAAAUGAUGCCUUCACAGCACUUCAGGUGCUGUUGGACUUCGUGUCCCCAACAUAGUUUGGUGAGGGCUGUAACUGUUCCCAACUACUUGUACAUUUAAGUCUGGACAUGUAACGAUAUUUAAUGUAUUUAGAAUUCCUCCUGUUUCAGGGUUCAAGUAAACUGACCCACUAAGGUCGUGUGACUUUUCUGUACUGUUAUAAACUUCAUUGUAAUAAAAGAAGAUAAAAAUUUA